GCCUUCCUGUAGUGCUGUGGUACCCAAAGUUUUGGCGCAUGGACGGCCGCCGACAGAAGGGUUCAAGCCUGUCGAGGGUGCUCAAACGGAUGGAGGUGCUCGAGGGGCCUCACGGGAUGUACGGCACGGUCUUCGGCACUCAGGCCGUCGUGCAUGUCGCCGACCCGGAGGUUGCCGCGCUGGUGCUUUCCCAGCAUACGAAACGCCCUGGCUAUGACCACUUCGGGAGUUUUUUCGGAAGAGGCGUGUUCACGGCGGACGGGGAGGAAUGGAGGAAGAAACGGGCAACCGUGGCGCACACCUUGUUCCGAGGAAGCGCUAUGACCGCCUUCGGUGGUGGUGUUGCCGAUGCGGGAGGGAUCGUGAGCGAUUAUGUUGGAGGGCGCGGUGCUGCGGGUGGAAACGGGAAGGCGUUGGCGGUGCUUGCCAAUGAGGAAGCGGACUCGCUGUUGAGAGAGGUGGAAGCCUUGAGGGAGGAAGGAGGAGAGCUGGAGGUUGAGGUCGUCAGACUCCUCCAGCGCCACACCCUCAAUCUAGUCCACCGCUUUCUCUGCGGCGGGGAGGACGUGUGUGCGUCCCCGGAAAGAAAACACCUUCUUUCGCGAUACUUAGAUGCAGUGACGGAUAUGCGCAUGGUCAUCCUGGCACGCUCUAGAAGCGUCUGGAUGUUUGCAUGGGGCUGGGUGUACCGAGCCUUCUCUCCCUUCCACGCCCGGGAGACCAAUAACAUGCUUUCCAUCCGGGAGUUCGCAGAACUGGUUAUCGAGAACGCCGUUGCAGACGGCGGAAAAAAACAACCAGAACACGGUGCGCGGUGCACCGGCGGCAACAGCCGAGACACGGCUGGAGGCUCAAAUACUGGCGACACCACGGUCAUCAACAGUAGCACCAGCAGGAGAACAAACCGGGUCGAAGGAGCGAUGGGAAGGGAGACCGUUUCGGCACCGAUGGAAAGAGGUGGCGGCAGUGGCGAGCGCUCUGCCGUCGGUGGAGGCCCGAGGGAGGAAGGAACAGGGACGGCAGCGGGAGGGCGAUCGGGAAAAAACGCUCCGAAGACAGCUUUGUUCAACAUGGCAGCGCGGGAGAGCCACAGGGCGUAUCCUGGAUCCAUGGUUGACGAGACGAUCACGCUGCUCUUUGCCGGGCAGGAUACGAGCGCAGCUACCCUGAGCUGGACGAUGCACCUCCUGUCGCUCCCCGAGAACAGGCCCCACCUUCUCGAGGUGCAUCGAGAGGUGCUCGCGGCAGUAGGGAGCCCCGACGGCUACGUUGACUGCACGGGAGGUGGCGGCGGUGGUUUUACAGCCCCAGCCACCCGAGGUGACAACGAGAAGGCUCGGCAACAACGCCGCCCUCUUCUGCCCAUGGUGGACGCGUGCAUCCGGGAGUCCCAACGGCUGUAUCCGGUGGCGCCCUUUGUCGUUCGGCACUUGUCGACUGAUCUCCGCCUCAAAGACGGCACAUUGUUGCCGGCCGGCGCUCUUGCGUGCGUGUGGAUCUACGGUCUUCACCGGCACCCAGCUUUGUGGAAAUCACCGGACAAAUUUUUGCCCGAGCGGUGGCUGAACGGGGCACGGCAGGCGAGGUCCUUCAUUCCCUACGCUUCGGGCCCACGCGGCUGCGUGGGGCGACCAUUCGCGGGCGUGGCACUACGGAUACUUCUUGCCCGCAUUUGCUUAGCCUUGGAUUUUUCUCCAGCCAUAGACGAGAGCGGGGCAGCGGGAAGCCAGGGGUCUGUGGAUGCCGGCUUGACCAAAGACAUGCAGGCCGGUUUUACGGUGCUACCAGGAGGGGGAGUGCAUCUGCGAUUGCGAAAGUGGGAGUAGAGCCACCUUCCUCCUCUCUUGACCGGCGAGGGCCAACUGCACACCACGUACCAUGUCUGCGAGUUUGGAGGAAGUGGUAGGCUCAAGAGUCUGGAAGAAGUUCAUCAUGGAUUAAGGGGGUUCCAAAAUUGCCCCCCACAGGUGUUCUUGCUGAUGGAGCUUGGCGAUGCACUAGUGAGUGACGAGGGGUGCUUGAGGAGGCGACGUCGCGAUGGUAUCACCCUGCCCGGCGUGAGCCCAGAAUAGUUGCCAGCGUUCACAACAAACGAGAGAGAAGACAGAGACAACAAACACGACCGAUAGCGUCGGCGAGCGCACGGCUUGCAUCUUGCAG